CAAAGCAAUCCUUCCAGAGAGGAAUCGUUGAUAAAAAGUAAUGGGUUUGCUUCAAAGCCAACCGAAUCUCACUCGUGUCCUCGCCUCCUCAUACUUAACAAUGCAUCUUUCUCUCUCAUUCAAUUCAACACUUGACACCACCACCUGUAAUCACACACAUAUAUAUAACUAACUAACUUCCAAGGUUGGAAACGCAACUCUGGCAGACACUGAGUUACUGUUAAAGAAAGCCCCUUUUCUCACACCAACCAAUUAUAUUAACUCCAUCAUCCCAUCCCACUCUUUUCAAUUCAUUAUUCAUUCUCUCUAAUUAACAACAAUAUGGAGCAGCAGGUGGAAGAGGAACAUGUGGUGCGCAGCAACAAAAAUAACAAUAAUGAUCACAUGCAAAUUAUGAUGAAGGGCAAGCGCACCAAGCGUCAGAGGCUACCUUCCCCACUUAGGUUAGCUAUGGCCAUGCCUUCUUCAACCUCUUCAACCUCCUCUUUCGGUUUGGAUACCCCAACAACAACCGCAAGAACAGAAGAUGAGGAUAAUAACGACGAAGACAUGGCGAAUUGCUUGAUCCUCUUGGCUCAAGGCGGCGGAGGCCGGGGAACCCGCCAUAAUAACAAGAAAGAAAGCAUAUUCAACCUUUACGAUUGCAAGACUUGUAACCGAAGCUUCCCUUCCUUCCAAGCUUUGGGAGGACACAGAGCCAGCCACAAGAAGCCCAAGAUCUUAACAAACAGUAGUAGUGUUAUUACCACACAAGAGAAUUACAAUAAUGACCCUACAAGCACCGCCCUUACCUUGCAAAUAUCAAACAGCUCCUUGUACUGCCGCAGCAUCACCACCACCAAAACAACGACCGUCAUGGAAACCACUGCUCCUAUUUCCAAAGCAAGUAAGGUUCACGAAUGUUCCAUUUGCGGUGCCGAAUUCACCUCUGGCCAAGCCUUGGGUGGUCAUAUGAGGAGGCACAGGGGUUUGUUGACCGUUUCUUCCGCCACAGCGGCAACCACAACCACCACCACUACAACUACAUCAUCAUCUAUUAGUGGUGCAAAUGCUGAUCAUCAAGAGACCAAGAACAAUAAUAAUAAUGUCAACAAGAAUAUUUUGAAGCUGGAUCUCAAUCUUCCGGCACCGGAAGAUGAUCAUCACAACAGGGUACCAAAGUUCUCUUUCCAGUCCAAAGAGAAAGUUAUUGUGUUCUCUUCUGCAGCUUCUCUCGUAGAUUGCCAUUAUUAGAUUGUUCAUAAUAAUAUAUAGCCUCACUCCGAUCCUCUCUAUCAUUGAUUAAGUGUUCAGUUAUAUUGACAUUUCUUAA